GGCCGGAUCAGCUGACUCGCCCGGGCUCCGAGCCCCGCCGCCGCGCUGCUGUUCGGUCAGUUUCCUCGGCAGCGGUAGGAGAGAGCACCCGGGGCAGCGCGAGCGCGGGGCCACCGUAGACAGCGGCAGCGACACCGGCAGAGCAAGGGCGCGGCGGAUCCCACGCGAACAGCAGCGCACUCGGUGCCCCGCGCAGGGUCGCGAUGCUGCCCGGUUUGGCACUGGUCCUGCUGGCCGCCUGGACGGCUCGGGCGCUGGAGGUGCCCACUGAUGGCAAUGCCGGCCUGCUUGCAGAACCCCAGGUUGCCAUGUUCUGUGGCAAACUCAACAUGCACAUGAAUGUGCAGAAUGGGAAGUGGGAGUCAGAUCCGUCGGGGACCAAAACCUGCAUUGGCACCAAGGAAGGCAUCUUGCAGUACUGCCAAGAAGUCUACCCUGAACUGCAGAUCACCAAUGUGGUAGAAGCCAACCAACCAGUGACCAUCCAGAACUGGUGCAAGAGGAGCCGGAAGCAGUGCAAGACCCACACUCACAUUGUGAUUCCGUACCGCUGCUUAGUUGGCGAGUUUGUAAGCGAUGCCCUCCUUGUUCCGGACAAGUGCAAGUUCUUACACCAGGAGAGGAUGGAUGUUUGCGAAACCCACCUUCACUGGCACACUGUGGCCAAAGAGACCUGUAGUGAGAAGAGUACGAACUUGCAUGACUAUGGCAUGUUGCUGCCCUGUGGAAUUGACAAGUUCCGAGGGGUGGAGUUUGUGUGUUGCCCACUGGCCGAGGAAAGUGACAAUAUCGACUCAGCAGAUGCAGAAGAGGAUGACUCGGACGUCUGGUGGGGUGGAGCAGAUACAGACUAUGCAGAUGGCAGUGAAGACAAAGUCGUGGAGGUCGCAGAGGAGGAGGAAGUGGCUGAUGUCGAGGAAGAAGAAGCUGAGGAUGAUGAGGAUGAUGAGGAUGGUGAUGAGGUAGAAGAAGAGGCUGAGGAACCCUAUGAAGAGGCCACGGAGAGAACCACCAGCAUCGCCACAACCACCACCACCACCACGGAGUCUGUGGAAGAGGUAGUCCGAGUUCCUACAACAGCAGCCAGCACCCCAGAUGCCGUUGACAAGUAUCUUGAGACACCUGGAGAUGAGAACGAACAUGCGCAUUUCCAGAAAGCCAAAGAGAGGCUGGAGGCCAAGCACCGCGAGAGAAUGUCCCAGGUCAUGAGAGAGUGGGAAGAGGCAGAACGUCAAGCAAAGAACUUGCCUAAAGCUGAUAAGAAAGCAGUGAUCCAGCAUUUCCAGGAGAAAGUGGAGUCUCUGGAGCAGGAAGCAGCCAACGAGAGGCAGCAGUUGGUGGAGACGCACAUGGCCAGAGUGGAGGCCAUGCUUAACGACCGCCGGCGCCUGGCCCUGGAGAAUUACAUCACGGCUCUUCAGGCUGUUCCUCCUCGGCCUCGUCAUGUGUUCAACAUGCUCAAGAAGUAUGUCCGUGCCGAACAGAAAGACAGACAGCACACCCUAAAGCAUUUUGAACACGUUCGCAUGGUAGAUCCAAAGAAAGCUGCUCAGAUCCGAUCCCAGGUUAUGACACACCUCCGUGUGAUUUACGAGCGCAUGAACCAGUCUCUCUCCCUGCUCUACAACGUUCCUGCUGUGGCCGAGGAAAUUCAGGAUGAAGUUGAUGAGCUGCUGCAGAAAGAGCAAAACUACUCGGAUGAUGUCUUGGCCAACAUGAUCAGCGAACCGAGGAUCAGUUAUGGAAACGAUGCUCUCAUGCCGUCUCUGACUGAAACCAAAACCACCGUGGAGCUUCUUCCUGUGAAUGGAGAGUUCAGCCUGGAUGAUCUCCAGCCCUGGCAUCCUUUUGGGGUAGACUCUGUGCCUGCCAACACAGAAAAUGAAGUCGAGCCUGUUGACGCCCGCCCUGCAGCCGACCGAGGACUGACCACUCGACCAGGUUCCGGGUUGACCAACAUCAAGACGGAAGAGAUCUCUGAAGUGAAGAUGGAUGCGGAGUUCCGACACGAUUCGGGCUAUGAGGUUCAUCACCAAAAACUGGUGUUCUUCGCAGAAGAUGUGGGUUCAAACAAAGGUGCCAUCAUUGGACUCAUGGUGGGUGGUGUUGUCAUAGCAACCGUGAUUGUCAUCACCUUAGUGAUGCUGAAGAAGAAACAGUACACAUCUAUCCAUCACGGUGUGGUGGAGGUUGACGCAGCUGUGACCCCGGAGGAGCGCCACCUCUCCAAGAUGCAGCAGAAUGGCUAUGAAAACCCAACUUACAAGUUCUUUGAGCAGAUGCAGAACUAGACCGCCGCCACAGCAGCCUCUGAAGUUGGACAGCAAAACCAUUGCUUCACUACCCAUUGGUGUUCAUUUAUAGAAUAAUGGGGAAAGACACAAACCCUUCUGUUUUAUUAUUUACUCAUGAUCGCCUUUCAGCAGCUGUGCUGUAACACAAGUAGAUGCCUGAACUUGAAUUAAUAUUACGAAUCAGUAAUGUAUUCUCUCUCUUUACAUUUCCGGUCUCUACACUACAUUAUUAAUGGGUUUUGUGUACUGUAAAGAAUGAAGCUGUAUCAAACUAGUGCAUGAAUAGAUUCCCUCCUGAUUAUUUAUCAUGUAGCCCCUUAGCCAGUUGUAUAUUAUUCUUGUGGUUUUGUGAUCCAAUUAAGUCCUACUUUGAAAUAUGCUUUAAGAAUCGAUGGGGGAUGCUUCAUGUGAACGUGGGAGUUUAGCUGCUUCUCUUGCCUAAGUAUUCUUUUCCUGAUCACUAUGCAUUUUAAAGGUAAACAUUUUUAUGUAUUCCAAAUGAGUUAGAGAAGUUUUUUCCACGAUUGCAUUUGACUGUACAGAUUGCUGCUUCUGCUAUAUUUGUGAUAUAGGAAUUAUGAGGAUACACGUUUAUUUCUUUGUGCCUGUUUUAUGUGCACACAUUAGGCAUUGAGAAUUAAAACUUCUUUUGUCCGUGUACCUUCGGAUCUUUGAUAAAAAAAAAAAAAAUCCCUGUUCAUUGCAAGCACUUUUAUGGGGCGGGGGGUGGGGGGGCGCUCUGCUGGUCUCAAAAUACCAAGAAUUCUCCCCCCAAAUUUUCUGCAGGAUAUUGUACAGAAUCAUUGCUUAUGACCAUGAUAGCUUUCUACACUGUAUUACAUAAAUAAAUUAAAUAAAACGACACUGGGCAAGAGUUUUCUUUGAAGGAUGACUGUGGGUGUUAAAUAUUCAGAGUGAUUCAGGGUGGGGAAGAAGAGGCAGAUUCGGUUUCUUUCACCCAGUCUAAAACACUUUUUUUGUGAUACCAAAAAUGAUGGAGGUGGGAGGGACAAAAUUAGGGACCAGGGAAGGCAAGCCUGGAAGAACCCUUCAAGAUUUGUAUCAAAUGGUGUUUUCAUGUAAAUAAAUACGUUGUUGGAGGA